CUUCCUUCCUUCACCCCCCCCCCUCCGUUGCCCCGUCCGCCGGGGGUGGUAGUGGUGGUUGCUUGAUAGAAUAGAGAUGCUGUGCCCGUGGUCAGGGCUUGGGGAUAUAAAAGACUUCUCUUUUCCCCCGGACAUGAUCUUCAUCUUCCUCAAUCAAUUCAUCCAAUGUCUCUUCCAGCAACCAUGAAGGCUCUCCGCUACGACAAGCCAGAGUCGUAUGCUGUUGUUGAAGUCCCGUUGCCUACGCUUCGUGAUAACGAUGUUUUGAUCAAAGUCAAGGCUUGCGGUGUCUGUGGAACUGAUCUGCAUAUUCACGAGGGUGAAUUCAUCGCAAAGUUCCCAUUGAUUCCUGGACAUGAAACUGUUGGUGUUGUUGCUGCCGUCGGAAAGGACGUCAAGGGAUUUGAGGUUGGUGAGCGCGUAUGCGCUGAUAACUCGGAGCUCUGCAACGAGUGCUUUUACUGCCGUCGUGGACAACUCUUGCUGUGCGAGAAGUUCGAGGCUCAUGGUGUCACCAUGGACGGUGGUUUCGCCGAGUACUGCGCGUACCCCGCCGGAAAAGUGUUCAAGAUUCAAAACCUGACCGACGUCGAUGCUACCCUCCUUGAGCCUGCUUCAUGCGCUGCUCAUGGUCUUGAGAAGAUCGCCCCCAAGAUCGGUUCUUCUGUGCUCAUGUUCGGUGCUGGACCGACUGGCCUCUGUCUUGCUCAGCUCCUCCGCCACAAUGGUGCUUCGCACGUCGUCAUCGCUGCCCCAGAGGGCUUGAAGAUGGAUUUGGCUAAGAAGCUCGAUUGCGCCGACAUCUAUGUUCCUCUUUCCAGGAGCAAUCCCCAGGAACAGUUCGAGAAGAUUAAGAAUGAUAACCCGUACGGGUUUGACAUUGUUGUUGAGGCUACCGGUUCCCCAAAGAUUCUCGAGGACGCCAUAAACUACGUCCGUCGUGGCGGUAAGCUCGUCGUCUAUGGUGUCUAUAGCGACUCUGCUCGUGUCUCGUGGCCGCCGAGCAAGAUUUUUGGAGACGAAAUCACCAUCAUUGGCUCCUUCUCGGAGACCUACAUGUUCCCUGCCACAAUCGGCUACCUCGACACUGGAAAGGUCAGGGUUGAAGGUAUUGUGAACAAGACUUACAAACUCGAGCAAUGGGGUGAGUGUCUGGAGGCGAUGAGGAACAAGUCUGCCAUCAAGGCUGCCAUUGUCUUUGAUUAGAUUUAGUUUUUCUGGCCCCCUUUCUUUUUUUUCACUUUUUUUUUUCAUUCUUUUUUUUUUUAUGGAACACUACAGAUACUUGGCUAGAUGUUUAACAAUGAAUGAUGGGUGGGAAGAACCUUUCGUUAUUUGUACCUAGGUAGUUCUAGUAGCCUGAGUUCUAUCAUUGGGGUUUCCAAAAAAAAAAAAAUUUAACAAAAUAAGGUUAA